GGCAACAUGGCAACAGAACUGAGCGAGAGGACAACAUACCUCCACAGUUAUCUUCCUCUCGGUCGCACUCCAGGAUACAAAGGGUACGUUCCACAUGCCAAGUACGGAUAUGGAGAGACAUUUGGCAACACUACAGCAAGAUGCAUGCUAGACUACCGUCACAAGCAGUUGAAUACGUCACGUCAAGCUCCUGGAAAAGGAGGUGACAAGAUUACACCGUUUCCUGUCAUCUACAGAGAUCCUAGAUUGAUAGUUGGAACAAGAGAUAGGUCUAGAGAGAGAUGGCUGUCUUUACCUAAAUAUCACUUGACAAAUGAAGGCGCACGAAAAGACACAAUACUGGAGUUUGACAAGCUGGCUCAACAACAUCGAGAAUGGUAUGUGGACAGAACAGGCAGCGUUGAACAGGUUAAUAUGUUUGUGCUGCCGAAUAAACACAACAGAACAAAGAGUGCACCAAUUAGUGCAACCCUAGAUGGCAAAACAGUUGCAAGCAUUGGAAAGGUAAAGUUAUACAGCAGAGCCAAGACUGCAGAAUACAAGCCAUGGAGACCAACAGCCAGAGAAAGAUCAAUUCGUGAUAUCAUCUUUGAGAACAGAUUCGGUACAAAGUGAAACAAACUUAAAAUUAAUACGUAAAUGAAAUGUGCAAAGUGUCAUCAUUUAUCUAUAUCCAAACCACAGUCAUGAAGCAAAUAAAAAGCACUAAUUAUCUAUAAUAAAAAUUAUUAUCUUGCAUAUAUUCUAAAUAGACA